UGCUUGCUCUAAUGUGUCCCUAGCCAGCAAGGUACCUACUAUACAAUAUUUGGUGUUUCAGCAUGGUUCAUUGGGAGGCUGUUGUGGUAUUUCGGAAAAUAGCGUAGUGAACUAUCAGUCAGCACUUAAAAUAAUAUUCUUAAGUAGCGAGCAGUGCUACUUCGCCUGUUAGUCAAAUAAAAACAACCUGAAGUGGCUAACUACCAGUAUUUUUAACGGGUCGGGACACACUUUGUCAACGGGACAAUGCUUGCAGAUUUGGACCUAAUCGGAACCAUAAACGAAGAUGACGAUGUACCUGAGGAGCCAGAUUCGAACUCUGAAGAUGAAACAGAACAACCGAUCGUUCUGGCACGGAAGCGUAAAGGACUGCAGGGACGUGGUGGCGACUUCAGUGUGGACUUCGAGUUCGGGGAGCGCGAUGGGCUGUACAGCGAGGACUGGGCCAUGGCUGACGUCAUGUCACAGCUGAAGAAAAGGAAAGCUCCCACUACCUUGGAUGAGAAGAUUGAGAAAGUCCGGAAAAAGCGCAAAACAGAGGAGAAGGCACUGAAAGACGGAAAGGCUGCACAAACCCGUGUGUCCGAAGGGAAAGGGAAAGACCAGGCAGAAGUUAAAUGCGAUGGUGAAGAUGAUGAUGAUAAUGAGGAGGAGGAUGAGGAGGAAGGAGAGGAGGGGGAGGAAGAAGAGGAGGGAGCCAGUGGUGAUGACAAUGGUGGUGAGGGAUCAGAAGAAGGCAGUGAGGAGGAGGAUGAAUUCUCCUCAGCUGAUGAAGAGGUUCUGACCAAAGCAGACAAACUGAGAGAGAAGGACAGCAAGGGAAAGAAAAAGAAGGCAGGGGAUGAGCCACCAGAAGCCUUUUACGAAGACGCCUCCCAGUACGACGAGAGCCUCACCUUUCAGGACAUGAACCUGUCCAGGCCCCUGCUGAAGGCCAUCACAGCUAUGGGCUUCAAGCAGCCCACCCCCAUACAGAAGGCCUGUGUCCCGGUGGGGCUGCUAGGGAAAGACAUAUGUGCCUGCGCUGCCACUGGCACUGGCAAGACCGCUGCGUUCAUGCUGCCAGUUCUGGAGCGCCUGAUCUACAAACCCCGGCAGGCCCAGGUGACCCGGGUCCUGGUGCUGGUGCCAACUCGUGAGCUGGGCAUCCAGGUCCAUGCGGUGGCCCGCCAGCUGGCCCAGUUCACCAGUGUCACCACCUGCCUGGCAGUGGGUGGGUUGGAUCUGAAGUCUCAGGAGGCGGCAUUGCGGGCGGGGCCUGAUGUUCUGAUCGCCACACCUGGGCGGCUGAUUGACCACCUGCACAACACGCCCUCCUUUGAGCUCAGCCACGUGGAGAUCCUGAUUCUAGACGAGGCUGAUCGGAUGUUGGACGAGUACUUUGAGGAGCAGAUGAAGGAGAUCAUUCGGCUGUGUGCUUACCAGCGUCAGACUAUGCUUUUCUCUGCCACCAUGAGCGAGGAGGUGAAAGAUCUGGCUUCCGUCUCACUGAAGCAGCCUGUGAGAAUCUUUGUGAACAGCAACACAGACGUGGCUCCCUAUCUCAGGCAGGAGUUUGUGAGAAUAAGACCUGCCAGGGAAGGGGACCGUGAGGCCAUUGUGGCUGCCCUGCUGACCAGGACCUUCCAGGACCACGUGAUGCUCUUCACCCAGACAAAGAAGCAGGCCCACCGUAUGCACAUCCUACUGGGGCUGAUGGGUUUGAAGGUGGGAGAGCUGCAUGGGAACCUGUCUCAGACCCAGAGAUUGGAGAGCCUCAGGCGUUUCAAAGAUGAACAGAUCGACAUCCUGGUGGCCACAGAUGUAGCAGCUAGAGGUCUGGACAUUGAGGGGGUCAAGACGGUGAUAAACUUCACCAUGCCCAACACGGUGAAGCACUAUGUGCACAGGGUCGGCCGCACGGCGCGUGCCGGCAGAGUGGGCCGUUCUGUGUCGCUGGUUGGGGAGACGGAGAGGAAGAUGCUGAAGGAGAUAGUCAAAAAGGCCAAGACCCCCGUCAAAGCCCGGGUUCUGCCACAGGAGGUGAUCCUGAAGUUCAGGGACCGGAUAGAGAAGCUGGAGAAGGAUGUGUAUGCUGUCAUGCGUCUGGAGAGGGAGGAGAGGGAAAUGGCACAUUCAGAGGCCCAGAUCUCCGUUGCAGAGAAACGUCUCCAGCAGGGCAGUGAGGAGAACCAGCUGCAGAGAACCUGGUUCCAGACGGCUGAGGAACGCAAAAAGGACCGCAUGGCGAAAGCUCUUCAGGACUUUGACUUGGCUCUGAGGGGAAAGAAGAAAAGGGCGAAGUUUCUAAAGGACGGGAAAAAGAAAGAGCUAUCAGCUGAUGAGCGGGCGCAGUUCGAGAUCCUUAAAUCUCAGAUGUACGCUGAGCGCGUGGCCAAGCGGGACCGCAAACCCAAACGAGCCAGGGCCAUGCCUGAGGACGAGCCCGUGCAGAAAGCAAAGAAACAGAAGGGUGGUCGACCAGCCAAGAAGUCGGUGUUUGACAAGGAACUUACCAAUACUAGCAAGAGGGCACUGAAACAGUACAGAGCUGGGCCUUCGUUUGAGGACAAGAAGCGCCUAGGACUUCCCACCCACAAGAAGGGAGGCCAUUUCAAGUCAAAAGCCAAGUUCAGGCGGAAGUAAGGAACUCUGUGAAAGUGCCAAGACCACAAGGACAAGGAAUAAUGACAACCUCAAAAAGCAGGCCCUUGCAGGCGUUUCAGUCUGAAAAAGUCUUCUGUAUGUUUUUUGAACAUUUUUAUAAUUAAAAUGUAAAAUGAGUUGUGCAAAACAAUGAAUUCCCUCCCACCUUUGGAUGCCUUCUACUGACACAUUGUAACACCUCCCUAUCUUUGGAUUGUCCAGAAUUUUCAUGUAUGUUUGGUUGUGAAGCUGUUGUCUUUUGGAAAUGCAGCUUGUAUCAUAACUAGUCUAGCAAAAUA